ACCAAUUGACUGUGCGCCGAGAAGCUGGGUGGCAUUGCCACUCGUAAGAGAACUGCAGGGCUCGGAACAGUUCAGUGACGGAAGGCAUCGAGUCGCUACGUUUGGAUGUGGUACGAGAAGUGGUGUUUCAAUUAACCUAUCUCUUUCUUCGAAGAUUUGAGCCGAGGGCGUAACCACAUUAUGUACAGGGCCUUUCUGAUGAUAUCGAUGCUGUGUGUUCUAUCAACCGGUCAAUUGGAUGAUCUUGAAGACAGAUGUCCAGAUUGUCCUGCAUGCCCUGACUGUCCUGCAUGCACCUUUCGCUGCCACGUCAACUCCUCCACUCUGCUGCUCGGUUCCUGCCCGCCAUCCCCUACGGCGCCGUCCUCCCGCGCCCCCACAACGCUUGCGCCUGCGACGGACUUCGUCCCUCUGCCCAGAGCGCUCUACAAAUUCGUCGGGUGUGAGAGCGCUGAUAAGUGGCACAUCGCGAACGAGACUUGUGCAAAGGAUGGAGCGUACUUGGCGGUUCCUCACUCUCUGGAUUUUGCUGACGAUGGCGAUCUUGUUGAUUCAAUCAACUGUUGAUGCUAGUGAUGAAGCACCUAGCCCUGUUGACCAUGGAGAGGUGCUACUUGUCUGCAAUUGCAUUUGUGAAAUCAACGCCACGUCGCUGCAGCUUCUGUUCUGCCCGCCGUGGAGAAUGACGUCGCCCACUUCCACCGCCACGAGGCUUUCGCCUACCUCGGACUUCGCCAUUCUGCCCCGACCGGUGUACAAAUUCGUGGGCUGUGAGAGUGCUGACACCUGGCACAACGCUAACGAGACUUGUGCCAAGGAUGGAGCAUACUUGGCAGUUCCUCACUCUAUGAUUCAACUUUCAGAAGAACCUCAAACUUAUUCACAUCCUGGAAUGGCAUUCAUUUCACGCAUUAUUCGCUUUGAAUGUGACUUAUGCGGAUUAUUAUUACCUCGUAAGCAAGAAAUGUAG